AUGGGCGACCACGAGCACAUGGCCAUCAAGCACAACGACCAUAUCCUUCUCGACCAGCCUCUCCUCCGUCUCCCCUACGAGCUUCUCCGCAACAACUUUCGCUCCGCGCAUUUCACCGUCGAAAAGGAGAGCACGGGGCUCAAGACGUCGCUCAAAGAUGCCACGACGAGAUGCUUCAACGGCAAGUCCACUCAGGAUGACCUUGUCCGGAACCUCGACGAUAUGAUUGCCCAAGCAAAGGCCCUCAGACGCAAACUGGCCGCCUGUGCCGACGAGGAGAGCAGGUUGCUCGGCCAGGAAGAUGCGCGCAUCAAGCAUGUCGACGACCUCUACUCAAUCGCCUCCUUCGACGACGUCAAAUACGAGACUUGGAGCCGCACGAGGCUGGAUCGGUUGAUGGGAAUGAAAGAUCUCGUGGACGUCGAGACCCUGGUGUCCAUGAACAGGAUACGAGAAAGUUUAAAGAAGGGAAGCGUGCAGGAGGCCUUGGUCUGGUGCUCGCAGAACAAGAAGGAGUUGAGGAAAAUGGAUGGCCGUCUCGAAUUCGACCUUCGCUUCCAACAAUUCGUCGAGAUGCUUCGCUCGGGAGCUGAGCCCAAGACCUGCCUCGCCCAUAUUAAGAAGCACCUAAUGUCUCAUAACACCCUUUUCCCCAGCGAAGUGAAGGCUGCGUGCGGCAUGCUCGCCUUUCCCUUUGAUUCCGUAUCCAAGAGCGCCCAUGGCUACGGCGCCUAUUUCCAAGCCUCUCGCUGGGAUAUGCUCGCUAACCUAUUCACCGAAACCCAUAACGCUCUACUCAGCCUCCCCUCCGUGCCACUGUUAAACGUGGCUCUAUCGUCCGGCCUCUCUGCCCUCAAGACGCCGGCGUGCCAUGCUGCUGCGCGGGAAAGCGCGGGAUCCGAUGGCGUCGUCCACGGUGCCACGAUACUACCAUCUGGUCAGCAGACCGUGUGCCCCAUCUGCUCUCCCGAGCUCAAGGAUCUGGCAAUGAACGUGCCAUACGCCCAUCAUACCAAGAGCAUCGUCGAGCAUGACCUUGUGGUUCUGCCCAACGGGAGGGUUUACGGCAAAGAGAAGCUGGAGCAGCACGCCAAGAAGUCGGGUCUGCCCGCGAGCCAGAUCAAGGAUCUGCAAACGGGCGAGGUAUAUGGGGAGGAUCAAUUGAAGAAAGUUUUCAUUACUUGA